AUGCACUUGAAGGAUUGGUGGCUGGCGGAGGAGACGCAGCUCGUCCAGGGAGUUGGAGUUCUCGAGCCACGGUUCAGGUGGGUUGGAGACCCGCAGUCUGUCUUGGUGGACGGGCAGUGGCAUUUCGAUUGCAGCGACAACGCCCUCUACUCGUGUGACGGGGGGACCUGCAUGGAGGGAGAGCGCGAGGUGUGCGGUGCGGAGCGGAGUCUUUGGUACAGGCUGUUGUACCAUCCACCUUCAUGCGAUUCCAGCCUUCGCCCAGGAUACUUCACGACGCAGGAAACGGCGGGGAAGACGUACUUCCUUCGCUUCAUCAACGGAGGCAGCCUGUCGCUCCUCAGCGUGGCCAUUGAGAACCACAGCAUGACAGUGAUCGAGGUGGACGGCAUGACCAUGCAGAAGCACACCCCGGACACCGUUGACCUCAACUCGGGCCAGCGAGUCAGCGUCUCACAGCGAACAGGUUACGCCAUCAUCGAGCGCGUGGGUGCAGCAUCCCAGAGCGCGUAA